AUGGACAUUGUUAGUAGGUUGCCUCUCACACCCAUUAAGAAGGAUUCUGUCUGGGUCAUUGUGGAUCGAUUGACCAAGUCUGUUCACUUUAUCCUGGUUAGGACAGAUUUUUCUCUUCAUAAAUUGGCUAAGCUCUACAUAUCGAAAAUUAUACUGGAAGAUAUGUUAAGGAACUGUGUGAUUGAUUUCCGAGGCAAUUGGGAGGAGUACUUGCCAUUGGCAGAGUUCGCCUAUAAUAAUAGCUUCCAGUCUAACAUUCAGAUGGCACCUUACGAGGCACUGGAUCGACUGAAGGUAGCUUAUGACAAGAAGAAGUCUUAUACUGAUCUGAAGAGACGUGAGAUCAAGUAUUCUGUGGGGGACUUUGUGUUUCUGAAAUUGGAGCUACCCCGAGAGUUGGACUGCAUUCACAUUGUGUUCCACAUCUCGAUGUUGAGGCGCUAUUGCUCUGAUCCAAUGCACAUUGUCCCGGUAGAGGAGAUUGAGGUUCAGCCAGAUCUGACCUUUGAGGAGGAACCGGUUUAG